AUCAGCUGUGAGUGUCAACAAACAUCUUUGGCAGCUGCCCUUAUAAACCAUUACUUUGUUAGCUAUUGAUACUUUCACCUGUAGAAGGUGAACACGAGUCAGGAUGUAUCACAGCUCAGUGGACGUCUCAGCAAGGUGACACACAAGACACCACUCCAACUCUCUGUCUCCCAAGUCACACGAGUAAAGGGAAAAAAUAAAAAUGUCUGAGCCUCGGACUCUCGGGUUGGACGUAGAGAUCCUGCGACGCCUGAGUAGCGAUCGUUUGGUGAGAGUCUUGGAAGAUGCGCCGGGAGCUAAGGAUCUGAUCAUUGAUGGUGAUCUCAUGAAGAUGCUCGAUCGUAUCUCGGGAGCGACGCUGUUAAGGAGUCAUGGGGUAGAGAAGAUGUAUAAAUUGGAACGGCUGCCUCCCCCUGUACAGAGCGGUCAGCGGGUCUAUGUCGUGCGACCAUCCCUCGUGCCUCUCAAGUACGUCGCCGACCACGUACAUACUGACAAACUCAACCACCCGGACGUGCGUGUUCACAUCGUGGUGGUGCCUCGUCUGGUGUCCUGGGUGACAGCACUACUGGAGGAGGAGGGACUCUAUGGGGCCGUCACACUCCAUGAGUUCACACCUGAUUUUAUCCCACUCGAUGAUGAUCUGUUGUCUCUGGAGAUGACUAACUUCUUCAGAGAUGCGUUCCUGGAGGGAGACUUCUCAGGGUGUAUGAGUGUAGCCAGAGCCAUCAACACCUUACAAGGCCUUUAUGGUCGCAUCCCUAAUGUGCUCGCUCAUGGCAGAGCUGCUAAGGCCGUCAUCAACGCCCUCCAGGCACUGACUGACCGAAACUCCCCAAAGAAAAUGCUCCAGACACCAGAAAUUGGCCAUCUUUUUAUUUUUGAUCGUGACGCCGACUACGUAACUCCGCUCCUCACCCAGCUGACGUACGAAGGCGUGAUAGACGAACACUUUGGCAUCAAGGCCGGGGUGGUGGAGUUCCCUACGGAUGUCGUGGGACAGGACGCUCCCCGUAAGGUUCCGCUCAACAGCAAAGACACCAUUUACGACAACAUCCGCAACCGACACUUUGCCGGCGUGUCGAACUAUCUCAUCACGAGGGCACGAGAGGUGAAAGCCAAGAAAGAUCAGGCUCAGACCAUGACUACGGGACAGAUGAGAGAUUUUGUGGCGAAUGAGCUGCGUACACUACAGGCUCUGCAGACAACACUUGGACUUCAUUUAAAAGCAUGCGAGACCAUCACAAACUCUAUGCCCCGGGACUUUGAGACGCGACUGGGGACAGAACACGGAUUGGUGACCGGGGCGGGAAACUCUGGGAAGGCACGGAAGUAUAUUAAAAAUUGCAUAGCUCGCAUGUUGCCUCUUGCCACUAAUCUCCGUCUCCUGUGCCUCCUUACACUGACACAAGAUGGCAUCACCCGCCGAGAAUACGAAGAGUUCUCCUCCCAGGUGCUGAUGGCUCAUGGUUAUAAACACUUGGUCACUCUCCAUCAUCUCCGUCAGCUCGGGAUACUCGCCGUUGUGGACUCGCCGAGCGUCGGUGGUGGAGGAAGCGGGAGUACUGCUCCCCUGCAGGAUCGUUUCGCACAAGUAACAUCUCUCUUACCUAAAAAGGGUUCUGGUUGGCGUUCGGCUGCAAAACGUCUCAAGCUCAUUCCUGACGCAGACGAGCCAGUCGAUCUCCACAACCCUACCCACCUGAGUUAUGUUUUCAACGGUGCUUACACGCCGGCCAUCCCCAAAGUGGUCGGCGACGCUCUUAAUGGACGAGGCGGUCAGUCUCUGUUGGAUAAUCUGAAGGUUCUUCCCGGCAGCACAGUCAUCACCUCACCGUCUGCAGGCUCCCCGGCCGGUCCUCGCGUAGCGCUGGUGGUGGUUCUGGGUGGAUUAACCUUUGCUGAAGUUGCAGCUUUCAGACUGUUGGCUCUAACAUCUGCCACCAGAAUUAUUGUGGCCUCCACCAACACCACCACCGGCGCUCAGCUCAUCUCUUCUGUUUUCCAGGAUUGAUUGUGUCUUGUUGUCAUCAUCAGUGUUUAUGGAAGCUGGAAGUUGGCUUGAGCAGAUAUCCAAAUGGUAGUAAGUGGCAGUCAUUACCAUUUAGUCCCAAAAGUUUUACUCCAUCAUUGAGAAGUAAUUUAGGGAAAUUAUAUAAAGUUUAAAGCUUAAUGAUGAGCUUAAGUAACCCUGCAAACAGGGAUUUGUUUUCUGCAAGGGUGUACACUAUAUAUACAGUACAGUGUAUUAUAUUCGUGCAGGUUUGUACUGUACUGUACAGGCAUUCCUCCUUUUACAAAACAUAAAUUUGUCCCAUGAUUUUAUAUAUGAAAAAAAAAGAGGAAUUUUUUUAAUUUUUCCAAUUAAUAAUGAAAAUAUGCUAAAGUAAUACAGGCUUUUUUAUUACCAAUAUGCUUAUUUAUUUCUGUAACUUACUGCAUUAUUGUCUAACAUUCACGAUGUUAUUAAGUCAUUAUUUUCCUACCAUCACCACAUAACUUACUCCUCAAACUCACUGUGGACAAGUUGACUCAUCACUCACACCACCACACUCACUCAUUCACACCACCACUCACUCACACUACCACACUCAUUGUACAGUUUCUCCUCAUUUAACCUCAUGUAAAUAUGUUUAAAACUGUUUAUUUUCAUUCAUAUUUUAUCUGCUUGCAUUACAUUUCUGUGCCGAAAAAAUAUCCUUGGAAAUGAAUCUCAAAUUAUGUAAUGAGAGUCGAUGGGGAAACUAGUCCCACGUUACAGAAUUUCGCAUUACAAGAAGGCAACCCUUCUGUAACCUGGGGAAUGUCUGUAACUGUGGCUGCUGGUUACAAAAUUAGUCAUAGAAUACCUAAUGUAAAAAAAAAAAAGUUUCUAUACAUAAUACUGGAAUUUUAUCAGAGGAAAUUAAGUGAUGAAAUCUUCUGAGUUAGUAUUUGAUACAACUGACUGGUGCCUCAAGUAUUAAGUGUGUCCGCUGGUUAAAACAAAAGGUGUAUUGAGUCGUCUGUGCGGUCACUGUUGUAUCCAUUUUGCUUUUCAUCUCAUAGGGAAGUCAGAUAUAUUAUAGUACAGGAUAUUUUUUUUUAUCAUAUGAAGAUUAGUCCCCCUAGUUUAUUUCACCUUAAGAUUACCUACCCUAAUGCUAACCUAACACUAACCUGACCAAACCCCAGGUAGCAUUCGGUCAUUUAAAACUAAUAAAAAAUAAGCUGGGAUGCCUAAUGUUCACCUGAAUUAAAACUUGUUAAUAAGAACUACAUAAUUAAAAAUUAUUAUACAAAUUUGACAUGGAGGUAUUUAUUUGAUUUCUGCUUUGUGCCUUAUAAUUAAAAUUGUAAUUCCAUAAAGAAACAUUCCUAUAUUGUGUUUGUCAUAGGAAACACACUACUACAUAUAUAGGUAUAAUCAUAUACAUUAAUAUUUAUGUACUGUAUAUGAUAUAUAUUCAACUUAUGAUUCUUAAUAAACAGAGGAAAUGAUA